AAUGGAGGUUAAUCGAGGCUGUUUUCACUGUGCGCGCGAACAUCCUGUAAACAGCGUGCGUAGUGGCUCUUCACAAUAAGAGGAAAUCCUGAUAGAGCAUCACGCUCACAUACAACAAAGGGCAACAAUUCAUUGGUGCACUUCUCACACCGGUGAGAUGACAAAACAGGGCGAGAAUCAAAAACAGAACACACACAACCAACUUGAGUAGGGAACGCAGAAGGAGCCAUCUGCGUGAGUAACCAUGUGGCUCGGGGCACCCGCAAGAGCAUGGAGACAUCCACCGAGCCGGGGAUUCAGAUCGCUUCAUCACAGAUACAGCCUCAGAAAAUGGCAAAACAAAGAGAAAAUAAAAGGUGGUCAGUGCCUUCUCCAACUCAUGGAAGAGAAAACGUGACUUGGCUAAGGCACAAGCAGUGCUGGGCUUGCCUCCCCAUCAGCUCAUCACUGAAACCCCUACAAGAUGGGGCUCUCGGCAGCAGAUAAUAGAGAGGUUCCUUGAACAGGAGAAAGCUCUUUCACAGGUCCUCCUUGCAGACAAGGAGACAUGGACAUUGGACAUUACACACUGAUUCUUUUCAUUGUGGAUUCUGAAUUGUUUGUAGCCUAGAUUCACCUCAUGAAAGUAACCCAUUUUCUUUGCUUGCUAUCUGACUUAGGCAAGACACCUGGUGCCAAGCUGGCAAGACAUGGUGGUGCUAGAGUCCUUAAACACAGCACUGGGUCCACUGUUCGAGUUUAUUGAUGCUUUGUCGGGGGAGAAGUAUGUCAGCGUAUCUUUUCUGAAGCCGGAACUGCACCUCUUUAACAACGAAAUCCUCAGCCAGAAGGAUGGGAAUACAGAGCUCACAAAAGCAAUAAAAGAGGGCAUUCUCAAGUACCUUAAUGAAAAGUAUGAUGACCAUACCACCAACAACCUUCUGGACAUGGCGACACUUGUUGACCCACGGUUUAAGACAGCCUACAUGAAGGAAGAGAGGGUGGAGUUCAUAAAAAUGAGAGCUGCAGCAGAGCUGGUGGACAUGGCGGCAGCUGAAAGUGCACAAACAGAAGCAGCCUCCAUUUCACCCCCAGCUGCUGAAGAUAAUCCAGAGCUUCCCUGUCCCCAUCCCACAAAGAAAACAAAGAAGAGUUUGGGUAGCUACUUCAAAAAGGCAGGUCAAGGUACCACCCACUCCCAGCCAAGCAGAGCAUCCAUUGAACUGGAGCUCUCCAUGUAUCUUCAGGCACCUGGGCCUGACUCGGAGACCGACCCUCUGGAAUGGUGGAGGCAGCAUGAGUUGAGUUUCCCAUCAGUGGCCAGGCUCGCCAAGAAGUACUUAUGCAUUCCCGCUACUAGUUCUUCAUCUGAAAGGGCCUUCAGUGCGAAUGGGAACAUCAUCACAUGUAAGAGGUCAUGUCUUAAGCCAAACACAGUUGACCAACUUGUCUUCCUUGCACUCAACCUCUAAAUUUGACAGACAUUUUUUCUACUUUUACAAAGUAGCCUUUUAUGUUUGCACUUUUAUUCAUGGCUAAUGCCUUAAAAAAUGGUUGUGCACUUAAAUUUUUUUUUUAAAUAGAGUUUAUUUUGAUAAUACUAUUUAAAUAAC